AGGGAGCGCCGAGAGGAGCUCAGCCUGACGCACCUGCCGGCCCUGGACGCCACGGCCGGCGAGCGGCUGCAGACCCUCUACGACGUCUGCCCCGAGACCGUGCUGACCAGGUGGGCGGCGUCGGUGAUCGAGGAUGCCGCGGAGGCUGCUGGCGGGUGGCUGCUGUCCUUCCAGCCCCCGGCGGCCGCGCCCGUGGAGGGGAGCGUGUGGCGGCUGUUCGGCUGGCAGGGCGGCCAGGGCGACCUCCAGCCCCAGGACCUGGUCAAUAGCCUGCGCAGGGAACGGGAGAUGCUGGACGAGGAAGUGCAGCUGCCCAGCGCCCUGAGUUUCCUCCUCGCGAUCGACUCCUUCAUGGUGAGGGUUGUGCCGGGCCCCAUCGAGGAUGUCAUCCAGCUUGAGCUCUUCGGAGGCAAAGUCGACGCCAAGAUCGCUCAUGGCGUCGACCACAAGGGGCUCGUGGCACCUUCUGCGGAUGUGAAGGUGGACAUGCGGGGCCUCGGGAUGACGCAGGGCGCCAGGUCCGUCCUCAGGUUCAGGGGCGACGGCCUGCAGGUGGGCUCGUCGAGCGCACCCGCCUUCGGCCUGAGGCUGAAGAACGAGCUCGGGAAGGAGCAGACGGUCAUGAGCCUGCACGUGCACGGCGAGCCGAUGGAGAUAGACCUGCUGCCGACUCUCGUCCCGAGUCUGAUGCGGUUCCCGCAGGCCCCCGCGGUGAUCGACCUGACCGCGUCGCUGGCGCGGCUCAUGCUGCUCAAGGACGCACAGCAGGCGCGAGUCUCUGUCAGCUCCGUGAGCGGGGAGCACACUCCCGGAGACAGCCACGACGCGAGGGCCGUCGACUUCGCGCCAGCUCCGCGGACAUCGAUUCCCACCGUGCCAGAGGAGCAGGAGAGUCGCUCUGGGUCGCCCUCGGCCCGCCCGAGCGGCAGCUCGGCAGAGGUGCUAACAGGGAGCUUCCGCAAGAGCGAGGAGUGGCUCGAGAGCGACAAUGCGAAGAAGGCUUUCGACAUCGCCGUGCAACGCUUGCCCGACGCCUUCGUCCUGGGCCUGAAGCUGAACGGGCCGAUUAUCAGGGUGCCCUCGAUGCUGGGCAGCUACGUCGAGCUCUCCCUCGGGCUGCUCGAGCUCCACACGCCCCGGGCCUGCACCCUCGAGGACCUGAGGGUGGAGACGCAGCUGUCGAACCUGGGCCUGGUGGUGGUGGACGACAACAGGCUGAAGCACGAGGUGAUCGCGCCCGUGUCGCUCAGGACGACUGCCCGGGGCUGGCCCGGGUCGGUGCGCGUCCAGGGUCAGAUGGGCGGGCUGCGGCUGAACCUCUCCGUCCGGGCGGCGCGCGUCCUGGCCGCGGUUCCGCGCUCGGUCCUCGCGGCCCUCUGCCUCGACCUGGCCAGCCUCAAGAAGAUUGAGCAGGCCCUCGAGGUUCUAGAGAAGGGCUUGGAGGAGUUUGCCGAGGGCGUUGCCGAGGGCCUCGAGGAGAUCGUGGAUGAGCUGGACAGCCCAUGCAGGAGUUCGAGGGCGGCGACAUCGUCAUCCAACGCGUCCAGGCCCACCUUCAGUCUCCGCAGGAACAACAUGCGCCACCGCUCAUCGCAGGCGACUAGUGGCGUCGCGGAGGAGAAGCGGCGUCUGAAGAAGAUUAUGUCGAAUGUCUUUGACAUCGUGAUGUCCAUGGAUAUUGUCGAGCAGGCCAGGGCGGAGCUGGGGAAGUGGGCGGACACCGAGGCCGAGGUGAUGUUCAAGCUCGCCAAGUCCACCGUCCAGCUGUUCGACUUCACCAACCCCGUGAUCCGCCUGCAGUGCGAGAUGCCAGAGGCCAGGGUGUCGAGCACCCUCGAUGCGAGCAAGGUCGCCGCCGCCGCAGACCUGCAGCUCGCCCUGGACGCGUUCAGCCUGCGCGUGGGCCGCUUCGAGCCGAUCUUGGAGCCCUUCCACCUACGCGGCGACUGCGGCAUCUCCCAGGACACGUGCGCCGUCAAGCUGGUGGGCCAGAGGCCGCUGCGCCUGAACGUGUCGCCCUCGACCGUGCAGGCGCUGGCCUGGUAUGUCCCCUACUUCCUCUCGAUGGUGCAGGAGGCCCUGGAGAAGGACCCCGAGACAUCAAAGGUCAGCCGGUACCGCACCCUGAACCUCACGGCCGAGGCGCUGCCGCUGAGCUUCCCGGGCGUGGAGGACCGUCCCGUGGUGGCGCCACGCGAGCUCUGCUCUCUGGACCACUGGAUCCUGCCCAGCAACUGCAGCCGAGUCGAGGUCUGGCGGGAGAAGUGGCUCAGCCUCGCGAAGGCCAGCGCCGUGGAGUGCUUCCUCGACGAGGGGCCCUGGGCCGGCCACCUCGUCGCGCGGCUGCUGCGGCCCAAGAUGGAGUACGCGGUGCUCGUGGUGUCCUCGACCUGCAUCCUCGUCAAUGACACGUCCUGCUCACUGAAGAUCCGCCUGUCGGACGACAAGGACUUGAGCCUACCCUGUACCAGCUGCGGGGCCUGGGCGCUGAUGAGCGGCACAGAUGGCGCCAGGAGCGGCGCCGGCGAGAACGACUUCGCCGAGGAGUCAGAGCAGCCGUGGAACGGCGAGGCGAACAGGGGCGCCGCCCCGGACCCCUUCGGCUCCAAGAACGCCCGUUCCUCCAGGUGCACUGGUGGUUCUGUCUUGGCACCCGGAGAGGUUACCAGCAUCCCGGUCCCACCCGAUGGUGCCAGCUCGCUGGCGUACGCCAAGACCACCUUCUCGUCAAAGUCGAAGCAAUUCUCCAGAAGAAGCGGUUUCGGCCCUCAGCCGAAAUCCAACCGGAGCCUGCAGAACAUGGCCAAGCGCGGCCUGAACAUGCUGUCGGCCAAAAACGUGGGCUCCGGCAGCUCUGGGGCCGUCGAGCACCAGGCCGUGGAAGUCGCGACGGUAGGCGGCGAGUGGACCUCGCUGAGCGAGGCCUCUGUGGGCACCUUGGUCGGCCUGUCCAGCGGCGGCAGCCACUUCCUCGUGACGAAGGAGGCGAGCCGGUCGGGGCCGCCGGCCAGCCUGCCGAUGUGCACCAUCCGCGUGCUUCCCGCCAUCACCAUCGAGUCAGGGCUGCCGUGCGACUGCCAAGUGGAGUACCGGCUCCUCUCAGAACCACCCGAAGAUGCGCGGCGCGUCGGCGUGGACUCGCUGGGCAAGAUCCGCGUCUACGACGUGGCCACGCCGGGGAAAAUCGCCCUCAGGAUCCGGGUGCAGCACCGGCUAUGGAAAGACUCCUGGACCGUGCUCUCCGUGGGCGACGCCAAGGCGGAGGCCAAGGCCCCGGCCCACGGCGGCACGCACAAGGCCCUCGACCGGCUGCUCGGCCACUCCGACGCCGUCGAGGCGGACCUGGCGGGCCCCGCCGGCGCCACGCUGACCGUGUCCUCCCGCAGGCCAGGAUACGUGGUCGUGUACUGCGCCACCUGGCUCGUGGACCGAACCGGCUGGCAGGUGUCGGUGCGCCACGGGCGCGAGGAGCUGCCGAGUUAUCGCAGCAUUGUCUUCGGCACGCAUCGCCUGGACGGGCACAGCCUCGAGUGCGAUGGCAAGGUCGGGCCGAAGUUCGAGCUCCCGAGCGAGUGGGGUAUGGCGAGGCUGGCCGACGGGCGGGCGGCGUGCGUACGGUCGCAGGUCCUCCCGGAGGGCGAGCUGCAGGGUGGCCGAACCACCUGCUUCGAAUUGGUGCCCUGGCUCGUGCUGCGCAACGACUCGGAGUGCGACCUGGAGCUCCAGGUGGACGGGAAGCCGGUGCUCGUCAGGCCGAAGAAGCUUGUCACACCUGGCUUCGCGCCCGGGCAGAUGCGCAUCCGCGUCUGCCCCGACGGGAAGUUCUCCUGCGCGAUAGGCCUCGGGAGGGACCUGGCGGGUGCUGUCCCUCUUCUCGUCGGCGGCCAGCCCUGGACGCUGGAGGCCCGUCCGGAGCGCGGUGUGAUGUUCCUGUGCUUCAUCCAGGGGAGCAGGUACACGAUCAAGAACGAGCUCAGGGAGCCGCUAAGCGUGCAGGUCCGGCUGUCCGAGUGGGUCGCCCUUCGCCCUGGCCAUGAGAUCGGGCUCGCCUGGUUGGACCCUCUCGGGGAGGAUGCGGACAAGAAGGUCUGGUGCAAGCUCGGGCUGCCAUCUGCGGAUGUGGAGAAGAUCCCCCUGGACCCGUGCACGGCGCGGCAACAGCGCGUGGGCUCGAAGGCCAAGAUCGUGAGCCGGUGGCGUGGCAACCAGACGUGCAUGGAGGUCCACGAGGAUGUUCCCUCACGCGGUUCACGGCAAGGCUCGAUAUCGCUGCCAACGAACGACUUCAUUACGAUGGGGAGUCGCUAUCGCAACAUGGGGAUCACGAAGCUGCGGCUGGAGGUGCUGGUGCCCGAGGUGGGGGUGUCCCUGAUGGGCGCCGUGGGCGCCACCCACGAGCUCCUGUACCUGGAGGUCUCGCUGCUGCGGAUCUGCCUGGAGGAGCAGCCGAGCCGGGACCUGAGGCUGCUGGAGGCGAGCGUGGGUGAUCUGCAGAUCGACCACCCCGUGCUCGCCACCCGCAGGGGCGGGAAGGCGGUGGCCUCCACGCGGCGGCCCGUGGUCGUGGGCAACUGCGGCCACUCGAAGACCUCCGUGUACCCCUUCUUCCGCCUCGUCGCGGAGCAGGGUCGCACGCGGUCUCAAGACCUCCUCCUCAAGGCCAUCCGCGUCGAGAUCGACGAGGUCGAGCUCACCGUCGGCGACGGCCUCCUGGCGGCGCUCCAGGAGUUCGCGCUCGCCACGCGGCCCCCCGCCUCCCUGGUCGCGAUGCUGGGGGGCGCGGGAGGCAGCGCCGUGGCCGAGGUGCUGGACAGGGCAGGCACCCCCGCGAUCGAGAGGGGCUGGGUGGACCCCGUGAUGCAGCAGGCCAUCCAGGUGGAGGAGAUGCGGGUGUCGAGCAUCGCGCUGCACGUAUGGUGCUCCAUCAACCACCAAUUCCUGAAGCUGCCGAAGUGGCAGUCCAUGUUCCUCACUGCCCUCACCUUCUCGAGCCACCUCGGGCUGGACGGCUCCACGCUGAGGCUGAAGGCCAAGGAGAUCCGCGGCGCCCGUGGCUCCGCGCCAGACGUGGCGCAGUGCCUCGGGCUGGAGUACGUGGGCGACAUCUUCCAGUCGCUUGGGUCCGUGCUGGGCAACUCCAGCCUGCUGAACAUCCCACGGGCGCCGAUCCUGGUGGGCGUGCGCGUGGGCGACGCGGCGAUGCGCGGCGCCGCGCGGACGGUCAGCAAGGCCACCAGGAGAACGAACGGGCUGUUCGGGAAGCGCGCGUCCAACGAGGGCCGCGAGGAGAAGCCGCCCGACGUCGACGAGCAGGCGGGCGGCGGCCCAGCCAUCGGCGCCGCCAGGGCGCAGAAGGUGACGAACCCCGCCCGGCUGCCCCGCCACUUUGCCGGCCCGCUCGGCGCCGUCUGCGAGUACUCGGCGCUGGAGGCCAUGCUGGCAGAGGCCCUGCCGUGGCCGAUCGAGGUGGCCGUGCCGCUGAGGUUCACCGGCGCCGUGGACGGCCGCGGGCGGCAGCUGCUGCGGCCCUCGCGCUCUCGGCGGGCGGGGCGAGCGUCGUGGACGUGGAGCGGCCGGAGCACCGCGCCCACGACGGCGGCAGCGUCUGCGGAGAGGCGGCCCUCGCCGCGUGCCUCGCCGAGGAGCCGCGGGAGCCGGGCGAGUCGAGCUCGGGCGAGGUUUCCGACGGCGGCGGUGGCGGCGGCGCCUUGGCGACGCCCCGCCAGGUGCAGGACAGCCCCCGCAAGAUGGACGAGCUCUCGAGAUCAAGCGCAAGCAAGUCGAUGA